AAUUAAGUACAAAAGUAUAUAAAACUACAAAAUGCUGUGGGACGCAAUCGCAGAAGAGACCAGUGGUGACAUGGCCAUGGAAUUCACAAGUUGUCAAUUGCCACACGACUUGAAUUCUGUCUCGGUCGCUGCCAACAAAAACGCUUCUCCCCAUCAUCACGAACUUGCCAUUAUGAACAGCUCGCUACAUGAGAUGGCUGUCGAUCAUCAGUUGUCCUUAUACAAUGACGAUGAACGGGUUAAUGAGCUUCAAGAACAACGCUUGCGUUCGACGGCUUUCGAAAUGCCCCUACAAAUGGGUCUGCUUUCACCAGAAGGGUCGCCGUGUCGCUUCCAAUUCGAGCAAAAGUCCGGAGUACAUACACAUGAGCGAGAGCUUAUCAACAAUAGCGAAAACAACCAUAAUCGCCAAUCAAUCGCGUCGCGCCUACAGAAGCUACCAAAUACCAAUAUCCAUGCCAACGGCAGCAGUAAAGGUUCCCCAACGGCUGCAAACAGCCUGCGCAUUUUUCACAGUCUUUCUUCUGGUUCGAUGGGGUCUUCAUCGAUGGAGGAGGACUACAUGGAACUCUUUGAAAUGGAGUCACUCGAACAUUCGCUGCAGCCAGCGAAUUCGAUGCCUAAAGUUCCCAGCGAUUUGGAUUCGUUGUUCAUUGGCCAAAUCAAAAGUUUCUUUUCACCCGCACACCGUCCAGCCGAACAGCCAAAAUUGAUAGAAUCUUUGAAAACGCCUGAAAUGCGUCGACCCCCAGUACGUCGCUGUCUGAGCAUGACUGAUAACUGCUUACCGGCGCCAAAGACACCUGAGACACUGCUUAAACAAGUGCAAGAGACUGCAACAAGUCCGUUCGGUGCCAAACAGUUAACAGCUGAGCGUAACAAUACCACCCUUAGCUACUGUUUCAAGCGUCCUGACCCACCGUCGAAGACCACCUCACCCCUACAAAUCAAACGGUACCGCGUUGAAGCGGAUAAAGAAAAUCUCAACGAUUCUUUGACAAUGUCGCUGGCUGUACUGGCAACGCCGCAACCUAAGCUGAGUCAUCCCCCUCCAUUGCGCAAGAGCAUGUCAAUGAAUGAUGCUGAAAUCAUGUCUGCGCUAGCUCGAUCCGAAAGCAAGGAUGAACCAGUUCUAAUCGGUGACUUCAGCAGGCCAUUUGCACUGCCGUUGAUGGAAGGUCGGCAUCGCGAUCUGAAAUCGAUUUCCUGCAACACCAUGGCACGUUUACUGCGCGGUGAAUUCGAUGAUGUUGUGGCCUCCUACCGCAUUAUCGAUUGCCGCUAUCCGUAUGAGUACGAAGGUGGCCACAUACGUGGUGCACAAAAUUUGUACACGCACGAACAGAUUAUCGAAGAGUUCCUGACGCAGCAAAAGUCUGAGGAUCAGCAGAAGGCAAGCAAUGAUAAUCGCCGCAACAUUAUUAUAUUCCACUGCGAAUUUUCAUCGGAACGUGGACCGAAAUUAUCGCGUUUCCUCCGCAGCACCGAUCGCGAACGCAAUACGAAUUGUUACCCAGCACUCGAAUACCCCGAGAUCUACCUGCUGCACAAUGGUUACAAAGAGUUCUACGAGCAGCAUUCGGAUUUGUGCGAUCCCGACGCAUACUGUCCCAUGUUGGAGCCAGCUUACAAUAGCGCGUAUCGCCAUUUUCGCUCCAAGUCUAAGUCGUGGAAUGGCGAUGGUGGUUUGGGUGGUGCAACUGGGCGACUAAAGAAAUCUCGUUCACGACUAAUGCUGUAGGAUGGAAACAACAAGCCGGAGCCAGAGAAGCAGCUGCAGCAGCCUAUGAGACAAUUAGAAAUUAGUAAAUCCGGUCAGUCGUCGCAAAGCCCUAAAAUAUGAGCAUAUACAUACAUAUUUGUUUAUACAAUUGCAAAGCAGCAGAGAAGGAGCGUGGUUGGCGUUAAAAUGCUGCCGGCAGCUUAGGCAAAGCGACGACGGAUCUACAUAGUGGACGUGGCGGUUCGAGUCGCCAAGGAGCAGGGUUGGGAGAAGAGCAAAUUUACGAAUGCAGUACAAAUUCAAAGCUCAGCUUUAAAAAA